CUGGGGGGCGCUGCGGCGGCGCUGCGACACGGGCAUCAGAAUUCAACUGUCGGCGCUAUCUGGGAUGUGAACAGUGGAAACGUAAUGGCGACUGCUGGAACAGCAGAUUCGGGAUCAACGGUCCCGACAGGGACCAGCAGCAUUCGAAAAAUGGCCCCUGCAGAGAUGCCGGGCUCUUCAGGCACAACUCAGAGCAUGAAGAAGACCAUUGGACACCGGGGCGUUGAAACCACUACCGGGGAGACCACAUACAAAAAGACCACAUCGUCUGCCUUAAAAGGUGCAAUCCAAUUGGGCAUUGCUCACACAGUUGGCAGCUUAAGCCAAAAGGCAGAACGGGAUGUUUUGAUGCAGGAUUUUGUGGUGGUCGAAAGCAUCUUCUUCCCUGGUGAAGGAAGCAACCUGACCCCUGCUCAUCACUACAGUGACUUUCGCUUUAAGACCUACGCUCCUAUCGCCUUCCGUUACUUCAGAGAACUUUUCGGCAUCCGGCCAGAUGACUACCUGUAUUCUUUGUGUAAUGAGCCACUGAUUGAGCUUUCCAACCCCGGAGCCAGCGGAUCCCUCUUUUAUGUUUCUAGUGAUGAUGAGUUCAUCAUCAAGACUGUUCAACACAAAGAGGCAGAAUUCCUCCAGAAACUCUUACCUGGUUACUUCAUGAACAUAAACCAAAACAAGCGCACCCUGCUACCUAAAUUCUAUGGACUGUACUGCGUUCAGGCCGGAGGCAAGAAUAUACGUAUUGUAGUGAUGAACAAUCUUCUGCCUCGAAUAAUCCCUAUGCACCUCAAAUACGACAUGAAAGGCUCCACCUAUAAGAGAAGAGCUUCUCCUAAGGAAAGAGAAAAGGCCGUCCCAAUCUACAAAGACUUGGAUUUCAUCCAGGACAUGCCUGAUGGCCUUCUGCUGGAGGCAGACAACUACAAUGCCUUGUGCAAGACAAUCCAGAGGGACUGCUUGCUCUUGCAGAGUUUCAAGAUCAUGGAUUACAGCCUGUUGAUGGGCAUCCACAACAUGGACCAGGCCAGUCGAGAGCGGGAGCGCAGCGGGGGCCAUUCGGGGGAUGGUGUAGUGUCAGAGGGCGCGGUGACUCCAGAUCAGCGCCGGCCGCAAGCCCAGAAAAGUUUGUACUGCACAGCCAUGGAGUCCAUCCAGGGGGAGGCGCGGGGAAAGGGAGCUCUGGACUCAGAGGACCACAUGGGAGGAAUUCCUGCCCGCAAUUCAAAAGGAGAGAGGUUGCUCAUUUACAUUGGCAUCAUCGACAUUCUCCAGUCCUACAGGUUUAUUAAGAAGUUGGAGCACUCCUGGAAAGCUUUAGUCCAUGAUGGGGACACUGUUUCAGUUCACAGACCAGGCUUCUAUGCUGACCGUUUUCAACAAUUCAUGUGCAACACGGUGUUCAAGAAGAUUCCACUGAAACCGUCACCAUCUAAGAAGAGCCGUGGUGGAGGCCAGGGAGGACUUAGGAGGGCCCCUACUCUGGGGGCUCCCACCCCACUGUCCCACACUACUGGACAGUCGUCGGUGGACUCCAGACUAGUCUAUCACAGCCAUUUUAAAAGCACAGAGUCGGAGCCUGAGACAGGCAUGCAGCCAGGCAGACCUGACCUGGUACCGAGGACGCCGCCGCUGAUGAACCCCACUGACUGCGAGGCCAACCUCUCCACCUCCUCACUGGGCAGCACAGGAAUUGCCUCCACCUCUCCUCCCCUACGAUCUGUUGGCGUUGAAGUUCACAAAUCAGAAAAUACUGACUGUGACCAAGAAGCUGCCCAUGGUUUGGGGGCCGAAGAAGCUGCUGAUAAUUCAGGAAACUUGUCUGUAAACGAGGAUGUUGUUUCUCUCUCUGACAUCAUCCCAGAAACCAACAUCUGUUUUUAAAAAAAAAAAAGAAAAGAUGAAGAGAUGAAGAAAAAGCAAACUUGGUGCCAUCUGAGAAGAUAAUGUUUGAAUGUGGUUCAGUGGGCGGAAGUAAGGACAAGGUACAUGAGAGAGGCCCAUCCACCACAGACCCUGCUUUGCACCCGACUUCUGUCGUUUCUAAAAGAGCUGCUGGGGAAAAGGUGCAGAUGGCAGGAAAGAGACGAAGAGGUGCGACAGGCCUCAGGCUUUCAAAGCAGUCAUAUGUCACCAUGCGCCCAUUUUUGUCCACCACUGCCACAGAGUGGCAGCUCCACACUGACUCAACACACAUUUCCUUUCAUGUGUGUCUGCUGUGAUGACAUACUAAACAAAAUAUUGAGCUGAAUAUUGUAAAAAGAAAAAAAGAUGGCAAAGAGCAAGACUUCUUGGCCACUUUUUCAACACAUGAAGAAAAAUGAGUGGGCGGACUUCAGCAGGAACCCCCUACUUCAGAGCACAUGAUGGGUAGAACCUGCAUGGGACGAGUCAUUAUUGUGUCCACACACAGUCCAGGUGGGUUCACAUUUCCGUGACUGGCACUCUGGUCGUAUGUUUUUGCUCGUACAUCUCCCUCCUGCUGUCUUCAUCAGCAGGGGGAGCUGAACUAACAAAGUAACCAAUAGAAACCAUUCAAUCAACACUCGCUGCUGUUGACUCAAAGCGUUUCUGUUUGCUGAUGGGGGGGCGUACAGGAUUUGCUGAAGUCAAGUUUUAGAAGGACAUAGAAGUGGGUUGAAUUAAACCUAUGAGUUUGAUAGUUUCAUGUUUUAAGUUUUAAAUUAUUAUUCUUCAGGAGGCUACCGUGGCACCCCAGGAUUUAGUCACUGCUUGAAUGUAUGUUAAGUUUUGCUUGCAUAACUGUGUCUUAUUAAAACUACACAUCACAUUUAUACAACCCUUAAUCUCCCCCUCUGAUGUGGCCAUAUGUGCUGGACAAGCAAAGAGCAGAACACGAGACGCUGUUUAAGUUCUGCUGUAAGUUUAAUAGCGUAGUAAUAACUUGAAAGGAAUGUUGUGUCUCUUUCCUGUGCCUUUUUUUUUCUCACGCGUUUGUCCCCCCUUUAACAUGUAUAGCUGACAUUUCUUUAGGCGAGCGCUCUGCUGGCACAUGGAGGCCAGCCUUAUCACUACAGCCGAUGUCUGUGAACUGCCAUUUUUACAUCUCAACCAGCCAGUCGGUCAUCAGGAUCUAAGAGUUUCAGAUUUUAAUGUAAACACUAUCAGCAAUUUCCACUUUUUCGGUGUCCACGUGUUCAGACAGGACUGUACCUCAUCCACUCAACUACUUUUUUGUAUUCCUCUAACAUUAGACAGAAAGGAUGUCUGUCCUUUUUUCUACAUUUCUGCUGGUUACAGAAAUGACCCCUGCCCACAUCCAGACAUGGACCAACAUCGCUGCCCACUCAGGGGAAUGUUUGCAUCCCUCUGCUUUCAUGUGGCGGUUUAUGAAAUUGUACUGUGCUUCUCAUUAUGGCACAAAACAAGCAGCGGGAGGAAGCUGUUACCCCCUGAAAGAUUUCUAUUCCAGAAAUUUGAAUCACUACCAGGUAGCAGAUGUCCACAUUUGAGUGAUUAUUGUUACAGUGUUCGAUGAGCAUAUGUGGUCUAUGCAGCACAGAGGGGGAAACGAAUGUUUUCAAUAGAAAAAUAAGGAAAAAAUAGGUCCAUAAAAUGCACAGAGUUGAGAAUUUAGGACUUUUGUAUUGUAAAGGUGUUAUAGCACUAAAGAGACUGGGGUCUGUCUUGGUUAACAUGGAGGGUCUGGGACACUCCUGUGUGGACUGGCUCGUUUAAAAUGGUAAUAACACUGGGCUGACCUAUGUUUUUAAUAAUAUGUAUUUAAACUGGAUGUUCUUUUUUUUUUAUUUGUUUCAGGUCUGAUAGGCUGUGUCUGUUUAAAAAAAGAAAGAAAGCAGUCCAUGAUUUUUUCAUUUUAUCUUUCUUUUCCUGUUUUUAUUAUCAAUUGGUUUACAUCAAAGUCGAAGACAUUUCAGGAUUUACCUCCACAUUCCCGUUAAACUUCUUUAUGCUGAAGAAGUGGUAGUGCUUAGACCUCCCUUUUGACCACCUUUGUGUUGUAGCGUUGCUAUACUGUGUUUCUGUUAAUGUGCUUAAAUGUUACACAACGAUCAUUUUGAACACAUCUCAGUGGGCUGAGAAUCAAACAGCCACCAAAGAAUACACUCCAAGAAACUUGUUUAGAAGGAAAAUGAAGAAAAAAACAGAUUCUAUUUUAUGAUGCUUGGAUUUUCAUACUUUAUUCAGUAACUUCUUUGGAUGGAUUGUAUUGGUUGGAUGCUGGAUCCAGACCAGGGCUGUCUUUGCUUUGUACCUUUGUAUCACAGCACAAGAAAAUCCUCCGUUGGUGCAUAAAGGUUCAGUGCAGACAGUGGUAGACACUACAGGGGGUUGAAGUAAUGCAAAUGAACCACAAUCUGCCAUUGUCAGAGGUGUAUUUAUUAAUGACUGAAUGCUGUUGGUUAGGGUCAUAAAACAUGUAUUAUGUACUUUAGAUGAUUGUACGUGAGCUGUAUUCUGACAGAAGGAUGUCUGAAACUUUAUAGCUUAUAUUGCCUAUAAAGGGAGACAAUUUCACCUUUUAUAUUUCAUGUUUAGGUUGUGAUAUGAUAUAUUCUCUUCAUACUGGUUCUGGGUUGUUAAUCUCCCAUUCUUUUCUACAUGAAUGUUUCACAUGGCUUAUUAAGCCAACAUCGCUGGUUGUCCAAUAUGCUUCAAUGACUAUAUUUUUACUGUGUAUAAACUGUUUAUAUGUACAUAUGAGUCACGGAAAUGCCUUUUCAUGCAACAUGUGCUGCCUGUUCCUCCUGCCAUGUUUCAGUUAUGUGGUGGUGAUGUUUUCAUGCCUGACUUUAAAGAAAUAAACAUAUUUUCU